AGUCAGGGAUACCAGUGGCGGAUUCAAACGGAAGAUGGCAGCGGAUAAAGAUUCCAAUAAAAAUACACAAAACAGAAGGGGUACGGUGUGUAACGUGGUGAUCAGCCAGGAUGCAGGGGGAUCUUGGGGAGGCGGUGGGGUUGGUGGCCGCCCGCCCGUCAUCUUCAACCCAGACUUCUUUGUGGAGAAGCUACGUCACGAGAGACCUGAGGUAUUUCAAGAGCUGGUGCUUAGCAACAUCAGCCGCCUCAUCGACCUUCCCGGUGCUGAGUUCUCUCUGCUGUUAGGGGACGAGGGAGGGCCCAAGACACCCACAGGGGCCGGAGGGGGAUUCUUCCGCUCCUUCAACUUCCUCAAACGUAAAGAUAAGGAAGUGGUGUUUGGGACUCCUCUGACAGAGGGAGGCAUCGCCCAGAUUUACCAGCUCAUCGAAUACCUCAGCAAGAACCUGCAGGUAGAGGGUCUGUUCAGGGUGCCAGGUAACAUUGAUGCUGAUCGGCAGCAGGCCCUGAAGGAGCAGCUGAACAGUGGCGCAGACAUCGACCUGGAGGCAGGGGGCUUCCACCCCAACGACGUGGCCACCCUCCUCAAGACCUUCCUGGGAGAGCUACCUGAACCCCUCCUCACGCACCAACACUUCCAUGCUCACCUCAAAAUAGCAGACAUGAGUCUGUUUGAUGAACAAGGCAACAAGACGUCAGUACCUGAUAAGGAGCGUCAGAUUGAGGCCUUACAGCUCCUCUUCCUGCUGCUGCCCCAGGCCAACCGCAGCCUCCUCAAACUGAUCCUGGACCUGCUCUACCACACCGCCAAGCAGCAGGACAAGAACAAAAUGUCCGCCUUCAACCUCGCCCUCAUGUUUGCCCCCCACGUCGUGUGGCCCAGAGAUAUGGUGGCCAGUGACCUCCAGGAGAAUCUGAAGAAGCUUAACAACGGCAUGGCCUUCCUCAUCAAACACUCCCAGAAACUAUUCAGGGCUCCUAUGUACAUGAGGGAGCAUGCCAGAAUGCACUUCACAGGAUCUAAGACCCUGCAGACCAAGGAUGAUAUGGACCUGUCAUCUGUGACUGGUUUCCCUGCCCCUGUUCCCUGGAAGAGGUGUUGUGCUGACCCGUCUCAGUACCUGUCCCCCUCCUCGUCGUCCCAGGGCCAGCAGCACCACACAGAGGAGUCCCUGAAGGAGCUGUUCAGACACGUCCAUGACAACAUGCCCAACUCUGCCAAGAAGAAGAAACUCCUACGACAGCUUGCUAAACAGACC